UAAUCCCGAGGUCAACUCAACACGGUAUCUGCGAUACGAAUGCACUCCGCGAAUUCCGAGGUUUUAAGAAAGCUAGGAUAUCGGCAGAAAAAGAAUAAUCAAGAAGAAAAGCAAUAGAGUAAAGAAGAUGGUUGAAUCACAGAAUCCUGCCAAAACAGGCAUCAAAGUCAUCGUGGUGGGCACCGGCUUUGCGGGGCUGACAGCAGCUAUCGAGUGCCACCGCAAGGGCCACGAUGUGCUGGUGUUAGAGAAAUUCCCUGAGCUCAAACUUCUGGGAGACAUCAUCUCAUUCGGACCCAAUUCCUCUAGGCUCUUUGGCCGAUGGCCAGGCGUCGCUGAGAAAUUAGAACCUCUGAGCAUGCGAGCCGACGCGAUUACGCUGAAAUCCUGGAAAGGCGAGACAGUAUUCACGCAAUACUGGGAAGGCGAAGACAAGGAAUUCGGCAUCCGUUAUGACGGCCACCGCGGCGAGUUCCAUGAAAUUGUCUACAAUCAUGCGAUAGAGAUCGGUGUCGAGAUCCGCCUUGGCGCCCGUGUCGAGGAUUAUUUCGAAGACGACAAGCAAGCGGGCGUGAUCCUCCAAAACAACGAGCGUAUCACCGCUGACGUGGUGAUCGCGGCAGAGGGCGUGCGCAGCAAGGGCCGUAAGAUCGUGCUCGGGUUCGAGGAUGCGCCAAAGCCGUCUGGGUACGCCGUGUAUCGCAGUUGGUUCAGCGCGGAGGAGAUCGCCAAGGAUCCCGACACCAAGCACUUCACCGAAGGCGGUGACCAGCACGUCGCCUGGCUCGGACCCGACGUGCACUUCAUAGCGGCAUGCAUGAAGAACGGAAAGGACUUCUCAUGGGUGUGCACGCACAAGGACGAGGCGGAUAUCGAGGAGAGCUGGCAACUCGAGGCGCCGCUGGAAGAUGCGCGCAAGGUACUCGAGGGCUGGGAUCCCAUCGUCCAGAAAAUCCUCGACAAGACGCCUAGCCCGCUCAUCGACUGGAAACUCGUCUACCGCGACCCUCUACCUACAUGGAUCUCCAAGGGCAGACGCAUCGCGCUAAUCGGCGACUCCGCACACCCGUUCCUACCCACGUCCAUCCAAGGCGCUUCCCAAGCCAUGGAAGACGGCGUCACAAUUGCAGUCUGCCUGCGCGAGAGCGGGGGCCCGGAUAAAGUGCAAGAAGCUGUCGCCGCAUUCGAAGCCAUCCGGUACGAGCGCGUCAAGUCGGCGCAGAAGACAGGCGAGCAGACGCGGGAUAUCUGGCACAAAGCCGACUUCGAGGCCGCGAAAAAGAACCCCGAAAGCAUGCGCUUGAGACGCGAGGCUUGGUUGCUGGGUUUCGAUGCUGAGAAGUAUGCUGAAGAGAAUUAUGCGAGGACGGUGGAGGUGCUACGGCGGACUGGGUUGCAGGAUACGAGCGAGGCGAGGAAGCUCCAUGUGCCCGAGGCGCGGUUCGGGUAUUUGGAGUAUGAUGGUGAUGAGAAGCGCCCUGCUACUGCGGCGGAGAAGGUUUCGGCUGAGGCGCAUGCUGUUAAUGGGACUGUUAUCUCUUAAGAUAGAUACAUAUUGGUGCUGUAGGUAAGAUAUGUGCCUAGGUAGUUAUCAUAUAUACAUAGAGAAGAGGCUAGAUGUAAUCGACAAGUUUGUUUGUAAGA